GAAAUAGAAAGCAAACUGGACGAGGAAAUAAGAAAUAGCCAUAUUGUCGUCUCCUGCUCCCGAACAACACUUCUAACUGAAUCUGAGCAGCUGGUUUCUGUCCUGAAGCGUGAAGAGUCUGCGCAGUCAUGUCGAAGACAUCGAGCCUGAAGAUAAGCCGCGCGAAUCUAGGAAAGGUGGAAAACUUCCGCAACACCCUGUGUCAUCAGGCAGAGAACCUGUUCUGCAACUACAUCCCCGAGAGGAUCAAGCAGCUGGAUGCUCUGCUGAGGGAUGAUGCCCUCAGCAUCACAGACAUGUCGUCCCUCAAGGCUCCCCUGGACAUCCCCAUACCAGAGCCUCCGCCCACAGAGGAGGAGGAAAUGGAGACGGAUAAGAAUGACGCUGACGAGAAGAAAAAGAAGAAAGCUCCAAAAUGUGGCUACAUCACGGGCAAUGAGAAGAUCAUGGUGCUGCUGGAGAAGGUGAAACCAGAGAUCGUUGCCCUCAGAGAGACCAUCAUCACUGUCUCCUGCUGGAUUCAGCAACUCGUCCCCAAAAUAGAAGAUGGAAACGACUUUGGAGUCGCCGUCCAGGAGAAAAUCUUGGAGAGAAUCGCAGCAGUGAGGACCAAAGUCGAUGGUUUUCAGACCAACAUCAACAAGUACUUCUCAGAGCGGGGAGACGCUGUUGGGAAAGCUUCCAAAGAGACUCAUGUGAUGGACUACCGCUCGCUGGUCCACGAGAAGGACCAGAACAUCUACAGCGAGAUCAGAGUCAUUGUUCUCGACAUUCGCGGCUUCCACGCCGAGCUUUACGACAUCAUCAGCAAGAACCUGGAGAAGGUGACCAAUCCAAAAGGAGAGGAGAAACCUUCCAUGUACUGAAGCUGGAGGGGAUGUUCAGGAGGGACGGAUUCUACUCAAUACCAAUCAGCUGUCUCUGCUCAGUGAUGCUGCAUGUGUGCGUGACUCUGUUCUGCUUAUUCUUCCCAAAAUAACUGGAUGAAAGUUAUUAAGCUCUGCUGUUGUAUGAUGACACUUUGUUUUGUACCGACACUUGCACUAAAUUUUAAUUGUACAACUCUGAGUUCAAAUGAAUAAAAAGUUUUAUUCUCCUUUUAAAAAGAAAAA